AUGCAUACCCUCCAAAACAAUCUUGGACACCCCCACACCCAUCUCUUUUAUAAUACAAACAGAAACGUCAUCGGUAACUCUCCGCUAGUGGAGAAAACAGAGGAAGGCGACAGCAAACAACCUCAAAAUAUUUCUGUUCCAAACCAGUGUGUUUCGGUCGAGGAUUGGUCCGGAGGUCUCCCAGAGGAUAUUCGCAUUAAUGGAGAUGCCAGUCAAAUACAAGGCAGCUCACUACCUACUUAUCCCAGUGAUUUAUCCUGUUUUGCAUCCACUUUGACAAGGAUCCCGGGCACAGCAGAUGGUGGAUACGCAUUCCCACCGGCGUCGCAAAUGCACAGCACCACUGACCAGUCAAUGAAACCUCCAUACUCGUACAUUGCUCUUAUCACCAUGGCCAUUGACGCCCAACCAGACAAAUUGGUCACACUGAGUGGCAUCUACCGUUUUAUUGCAGAGAGAUUUCCCUAUUACCGUGAAAACAAGCAAGGGUGGCAAAACUCCAUUCGGCACAAUUUAAGUUUGAACGACUGUUUUGUAAAGGUUCCACGGGACGAGAAACGGCCAGGUAAGGGCGCAUUCUGGACGCUGCAUCCAGCCGCGCACGGCAUGUUCGAAAAUGGCUCGUUCCUUCGCCGAAAACGACGCUUUAAAACACCCCACAGUGACAUGCCUUUCGGAAGCUCUACAGCAGUAUCAAAUCUUAUUCGCAAGCGAGGUGCAUCUAAGUCAUCGAGGAAACAGCACAACUCUACAUCGUCUAGCACUACGGAGACGGAUUGUACAGUGGCUGAAUCAAUGGCAAAGAACGCAGACGUUAAAAAGGAAGAUUGUCUGGAGGAUGGUUCAUCAUCCUACGAGGAGGUGGCUCCUCUGCAACGCCUGGGAGGCUUUGCUUUCCAGGAGCCCGCCUACCAGCCGUACCAGGCGGCCGGGGGAGAGGAGAGGAACGCCAGUGAAGACAAGCACAGCACGGUUUGGGGAUGGUCCGGGUUUCGUGGGUGCAGUCAACCUGGUGAAAGAAACGGCCACUGUUGUGAUGUGGUCGAGUAUGGCAGACCUGUGACUGACUCAACAGAUGACCAAAUCAAACCUCUGCUCAACUCUACACAUACAGGACAAUUGCGCCCAUUUCCGCCACUGACUCAUAAUCAAGAUUUUAACUUGUGGACAUCACGGCAAUUCCUCCCACCGAGCAACUCCAACCUCGAGCUGUCCACCUCGUGCCCUCGUCCAACUGGAACGAUAUACCCUUUCCAAAACCCCCAGCAAUUGCCUCAGUACCCACCACACAACGCUUGGGUGGGCGAUGCAUCCUUGAUAGACCACACCUACCUGAUGAUGUCAAGCCACCUGAAGCACAGCGCCAUGCAGAUGAAUCAACAACAGCAUCAACUACCGCCCAGUUGGUUCGAUUUAGGCUACGGGGCUGCGUCCACUGCGUACAACGUCGCCUCGCACGACUCCUCGGCCAGUCUUGCGAGCCCGUCACCGGAAUCGGGCGGAGUUGCGCCCAGUGCCGCCAUGGUCGCAACAGAUCUGCCGUCACGAGCGUCGGAGUACGCGCAAACCCACAACUACCCCUUCAACGAUGGUGAACCACACUUUGGCAAUGCCGACACUGCCAGGAACGAGGUCAUGGGUUACCCGUUGGUCUUGAAGAGAGAGUCAUGA